CGAAAGAUGUCAAAGAUUGGCGCCCGAAUCUCAUAUAAUGUUUAUCUAAAGCCAUGCUCAUUCUUGAUCUAAAAGUGAGUCUUUGCUUUUGUUUUAAGGGAGACAAUUAUGGGUUAAUGAUGUAGCCACCGUUCCAUAUGGGCCAUAUGAUCAGUGAUGUUUAAAAAAACGGGAUGAUCGAUCCCUAGAUUAUACCUAAGAGCUCUUCAAAAAGAAGUAUCAAGAUGGCGACCAAUGGCUCGGAAAAAUGUGGCUGGUCAGCUUCUCAGCUUCGAAAGUACAGUUUCCAGACAAAACCUAUCUCCAGAAUGAGUCACAAGGAUCCAGAGGCUGACAGACUCAUCGCAAAUGGGCAACCAGUGCUAUUAACAGACACAAAACUUGUUUCAACGGCAUUACAUUGGGAUUUGGAGUACCUCGUGGGAAACCUGGGUGAUGGACAGUUCUCAGUUUACGAAUCAAAAGAUCAAAAAUUUAUGUAUUUUGAUGAAAAGAAAGCAAAGGAAAUGAAAAGUUUUGAACACCCUACAAGAAGAAUUGAAAUGAAAUUCAAAGAUUUUGUGGAAAAAAUAAAAAAUCAUAAACCGGGAGAUAAAAAAAUAUACCUUCAACAGACUUUAAAUGAUGAUGUCGGGAAACGGAUAGUGAUCGACUUCCUCGGCUUCAACUGGACUUGGGUGACUGAGCAGCAAAAGAAAAAUGGCUGGGGACAGCUGACUUCAAACCUUUUACUCAUAGGCCAAGAAGGAAAUGUAACUCCAGUCCACUAUGACGAACAAGAAAAUUUUUUCGCCCAAGUCCAGGGCUACAAAAGAAUACUGCUCUUCCCUCCAGAUCAUUUUGAAAUGCUUUACCCCUACCCAGUUCAUCAUCCUCAUGAUCGGCAAAGUCAGGUGGAUUUUGACAACCCAGAUUUAGAAAAAUUUCCUCGCUUCAAAGAAGUGGAACCUAUAGAGGCAGUAGUUGGUCCAGGGGAAGUCCUUUAUAUACCAAUGUAUUGGUGGCACCAUGUUGAGUCACUGCAGAAUGGUGGUCAGACUACUUCUAUAAACUUCUGGUAUAAGUCUGCGCCAACUGGAAAAAUAGAGUACCCGUUAAAACCUCAACAAAAAGUAGCAAUGAUGCGCAAUAUUGAAAAAAUGAUAACUGAAGCCCUGAAUAACCACGAAGAGGUUGGGCCUUUCAUGAAAGCAAUGGUGUUAGGGAGGUACUCCUAGAAAGACAGUUUUACCUAAAUCAGCAUAAAUGAGACAGUGUGUUACAUAACAUAAUACAGCAAUUUACACAUGUACAAGUGAAAUAUUCCAGUCUUAGUGAAAUGGCCAUAAAAUGGUGACAAUUUCAAACAAGGGACAGUUUUUUUAUGUUUGUGACACGAUGAGGUAGUCAGUCAUGAUGAAGUGCCACCUAUAGUAAUUGACCAGGAGUAGCUUUUAUCUCAUAAGGACAUCUAGAAAAUACUGAAUCGCAGCAAGAAAAUACAGCACGGACGUGAAAAUUGAAAAGCAGAGGGCAUUUGUCAUCAACAAUAGAAAAUUAAAGCUUGCAUAUUGCUGUGUACAUUUAAACAUG